AUGGCCAGCACGGGCGAACGUAACUCCUCUGCCAAUAUACGUAACUACUCCACUAACGUACAUAACUACUCCACUAACGUACAUAACUACUCCACUAAUGUACGUAACUACUGCACUAAUGAACGUAACUAUUGCACUUAUGUACGUAACUACUACACUAAUGUAGGUAACUACUCCACUAAUGUACGUAACUACUCCACUAAUGAACCUAACUACUCCACUAAUGUACGUAACUACUGCACUAAUGAACGUAACUAUUGCACUAAUGUACGUAACUACUCCACUAAUGUACGUAACUACUGCACUAAUGAACGUAACUACUGUACUAAUGUACGUAACUACUCCACUAAUGUACGUAACUACUGCACUAAUGUACGUAACUACUGCACUAAUGAACGUAACUACCGCACUAAUGUACGUAACUACUGCACCAAUGUACGUAACCACCACACUAAUGUACGUAACUACUGCACUAAUGUAUGUAACCACCACACUAAUGUACGUAACUACUGCACUAAUGAACGUAACUACUGCACUAAUGUACGUAACUACUGCACUAAUGAACGUAACUACUGCACUAAUGUACGUAACUACUGCACUAAUGUACGUAACUACUGCACUAAUGUACGUAACUACUGCACUAAUGUACGUAACUACUGCACUAAUGAACGUAACUACCGCACUAAUGUACGUAACUACUGCACUAAUGAACGUAACUACUCCACUAAUGUACGUAACUACUCCACUAAUGUACGUAACUACUGCACUAAUGUACGUAACUACUGCACCAAUGUACGUAACCACCACACUAAUGUACGUAACUACUGCACUAAUGUACGUAACUACUGCACCAAUGUACGUAACCACCACACUAAUGUACGUAACUACUGCACUAAUGAACGUAACUACUCUACUAAUGUACGUAACUACUCCACUAAUGUACGUAACUACUGCACUAAUGUACGUAUCUGCUCCAGUAAUGUACGUAACUGCUCCCCUAUUGUACGUAACUGCUCCACUAUUGUACGUAACUACUCCACUAAUAAAUCAGUAAAAGGAGUGCAAUCAGAGCGCUAUGUGAUAAAAGAUAAGGUUAGAGGAAACAUGAUCACGAUAUGUAAAAUAUUUCGAGGCAUUGUUAAAGAGACGAAGAAACGACUAUCAGUACAAGUGUAA